CGAGUGACAGGUGUGGUGGGGAGAGAAGAUGGCAUUUGAGAAUAUUCUCCCUACUUGGGAGCCAAAGGAACAAAGCCAACUACUUUAGAAGCCCCUCACUGAAAACUGUCCUAAGGCGAGAUGCCAAAGUUUCCAGAGUAAAUAGACAUUUAUUGAGGGCCUCCUGCGUGUUAGUUUGUAAAUGGCAGCCCAGUGACCCAGGCUGGCCCAGCAGAUUUGUUUUCUUGAGCUAACAGUGUUUUAGUGCUUGAUGCAACAUUUUUAAAUUGGAAGAUUUUGCAUAAAAAUGGGAGGCCCUCUUAGGAACGGAGAUGUGCCAGUACCAGGCCUGCCUUUCACACACAGCAGUUACUCCCUGAAGCUGCGACAGCUGCCUGCUUCGAUGCACCGAACUCAGUUUGGGUCGCCGCAUCCCCCCCUCCCAGUGCCACCAAGAGCACAUGUGGGCACCUGUAGCCAGAAGGACAGGCCCUGAGAUCUGGUGGGCUCCUAAAGGAACCUGUGACCUCAAAUUCUUGAAUAGCCACCUGGGGUCGAUGUUUAUCCCAUCAUUUAUUCUUCUAGCAGCUUGCUGAAGUAAGAAUUCCUUCCAUCUUACAAGAGGAUCCAAGGAGGUGUCCCAUGAACCCAUAGCAUUUUAGCAGGGAUUCCAACCCAGACCUGCCUGCCUGGAAGCCUGGGCUUUUUGUUCUUGGCCAAACUGUCUCACUGCCAGUAGUUCCCACCCGCUUGUCCAAAACAGCUCUCCUUUUGCCUGAAAGACACUGACUUCCUUGUUAGGUCAUCCGCUCAGUCACAGUUGAGCUGAGAGCAGAGUGUGGGCCGGCCCACUGGGUCCCCAGGGCAGCCCUGCCAGCCCAGCCCAGGCAGGCCUGGCUUAGCCACACACCAUGAAGUACCCUCUGGUGCCGCUGGUGAACAACCUCACAUUUUCUUUCCUGGUGUUCUGGCUCUGGCUGCCUGUGAGCUUGCUGUUGGUCCUGCUGAUCGUCUGGCUCCGCUUCUUACUGAGCCAAGACUCAGAGGACAAUGAUUCGGAUGUAUGCCUUGACUGGGAGCCCUGGAGCAAAGCCCCAGCCCAGUUUUGCUGGGAGGGGACACUCCAUAGCUAAAAGGAAGAGAGGUCCUGCCUGUGAGCCUUCUGUUCAGCCAGGAGACAUGGAACAACAUGUCACUGUGGCCACAUCGCCUGUGCUGGUCUCCAGAUCUUUCUCUCAAACUUAUGGUUGCCUCUAUCGUUCCUGAUGAGGGGAGCAGUGAUGCUGUCACACUAAUGACAACUGUGGCAACGGUUCCUAUUUCCCGAGCACCCAGGGCAGGCCAGCUACUUUGCCUGGCUUCUCGGUUACCCCUCUCGUGAUGCUCACUGCGACAGUAGCUCGGAUUAGCACUCCCUGCAGAGGACAUGGAGGCUCAGGAAAGUGAAACGUCUCUGCUGAGAUGCAAGGUGAGCGUGUGGAGCUCAGCCUCUGUCUAACCUGGAUGCCCGGUCCUGCCACCUGCCACUACUUCGUCGGAGUCAGAGAGGUGACAGCAAUGGCAGGCUCUUUGAGGGAAUGGAGGGGGGCCCAGGAGCCUGACUGCCACCAGCUGGCCUGCCGAGCUGGAGAGGAGGCCUGGCCACCCCUCCCCUGGCACUCCCCUAGUGAGGCAUCCUCGUCCCUCGGUCAUCCUGUCUGUGCGGGCUCCUCAUCCCAUUCUUCAACCACUGCCUCCCCCAAUCACCUGAUCCUUGGGCGCCUGCUGUGACCCCACGGGCAAGAGUCUUCCCAAGUCUGUCUUGCAAAGUUCCUGUCCCUACCACCUUUUUCCCACUGCACGGUUAUGGAAACUAAGGCCUGGAGGGAGAAAGGGAAACAGCCACGGUCACACAGAGAGGAAGUAUUAGGGGGCACAGACUGCAGCUGAGAAUUUGCAAGAUCUGCGUCCUCCCACGGGUCACCUGGAGGGACAACCAGCUGGCGCGUGGGGGGAGACUUUGUACUCGGGAGAGACCCGAGCAGCUGGGAUUGCCACCCGGACCAUCUGACCUGAUGGUGUGUUUUGUCCCCAGGCUGGGCUUGUCAGCCUCUGCCCCCUUGCUGCAGAGCAAGAGCUAGAACCCACUCGUUGGCUGGGCAGCCUGGGCAAGUCACUCGUCCCAUCUGAAUGUCAGGUGGAAAGUGCCCCGAAACAAGUAUUUAUUGAACUGACAUUUGUGGAGGACCUCUCAGUCCAGCACUGUACGUGCCCCAGCUCUCUAGAAACUAUGCGGGAGCUCAAUCCACAUUUGCUGACUGCCCCAAGUAGCUCUUAAACCACACUAGGGCUCUCUGUGGGACAAGGAGGAAGCGGAGGCUUUCCAGGUUCACAGGCUCCCCAAGGUUACUUCACUAAUAUAACAGCUCUAGGAUUCAAAGUCACACCUGACACUUGAGCCGAAGUUCUUACCUUCUAAACUUACGGAUUCCAUUAUCUAUCACUUAGUGGGCGUGUGGUAAGUGCUCAGUAAAUGCCUAAAAACAAAAUUACAACAAGAGACCAUUGUGCUGUACGCUUAGGAUCUGUGCGCUUUUCUGCGUACACGAUACCUCAAAAAAAUGUUGACAACAAAAGCAAAAAAUGGGCUGUGUUUGUGAAGCUUGGAAUGAAUUUUGUGGACGUGCCGAGUGCUCCAGUUGUGCUAAACUGAAGCUCUGUCACCGCACUGCACGCCGUGAUCUCAGCGCAACAAUCCUUUUAGAAUUGCUGGGGUUUUAUUUUGUGUCUGUUUUCUCCUGGGUCCCUGUCUGACCUCCUUAGAAAGUUCACCCAGAGAAACGGCGAUGGCUCCUCUCUCACUCUGAGCUGUCAAAUCGAGACACAGUUACUGUCUCCUGUUUGGGUUUAGUCACUGAGGUUUUCAAAUUGUCAGGAAAACACACAGAUGCCGGCAAUUUUCAAGCAAAAUUGCAAAACAGCUAAAGAAACCAAACUGAGCGCCAGCAUGCGGGACCAAACGGAUUCGCAGGAGGGGCGCCGGCUAGCAGCUUUCUCGAAAAGCAUAAAUAGAGCAGAACAGCCAAUUUUAUAAUUAACUGGGAAUUGGUCCCCAGUUAAGCUUCUGCUCGGUGAGAAUGGCCAAGCCGUUGCCCCGCGGGGAGAGCUGGUGUCCUGCCUCUUCCCUUGGGCCCCGGAGGACCUGAGAAUUCUCAGCUUUACCCCGUUUGAGUGUGUUUCGGGAUGUGAGUGUUUAUGGCUCGGAGUCGAGCUCGGUGUGUGGGCAGGACACUUGGGAGAAAGGCACAAGCCAUGCGUCAAAUGAACAUGGAGGCUCUUGUUCAACCGUUAUUAAGAAUUCCCUGAUAGGACGCCUGGGUGGCUCAGUGGGUUAAGCCACUGCCUUCGGCUCAGGUCAUGCAUGAUCUCAGGGUCCUGGGAUCG